CAUCUUUGCCUUUCAUUUUUAACUCUCAGAAUCUCUCUUAAUAGCAAAAUAAAGUCUGUUGUUUUCUUGUAGAAAUUCGUCCUUCCCUUUCCCCAUUUGUACUUGUGUAGUUCAUAUCUUUCUCCAUUUCAAUUCUUUUGCUGUUUGCAUAGACCAAAUGCUGAAUUGAAAUUGUUUUUUUUGUUUUUUGCUUAAAAAAUUUCAUUAAUGGCUGAAACGGAGGACCCUGCUGCUGGGUUCUUCUCCCACAAAAUUCCCACUUCCGGUCAGAUUUUGGAGGAGAUGAAGGAGCUCUGGUCUAUGGCUUUGCCUAUUACCGCAAUGAAUUGCCUUGUUUACGUGAGAGCUGUGGUUUCAGUCUUGUUUUUGGGUAGGCUGGGAAGCUUGGAGCUAGCCGGAGGAGCCCUCUCAAUUGGUUUCACAAACAUCACUGGUUAUUCUGUUUUAGUAGGUCUUGCUUCGGGUUUGGAGCCAGUUUGUAGCCAAGCAUUUGGAAGCAAGAAUUGGGAUUUAUUAUCGCUUUCUCUCCAGCGUAUGAUCUUCAUACUUUUCUUGGCUAUUAUCCCCAUAAGCUUAUUAUGGAUUAAUCUGGAGUCAAUCAUGGUGUUCUUGGGUCAAGAUGUUGAAAUCACUAAGAUGGCUGCGACUUACUGUCUCUAUUCGCUCCCGGAUUUACUAACCAACACCUUAUUGCAGCCUUUGAGGGUUUAUCUAAGGUCUCAGGGAGUGACCAAACCUCAAAUGUGGUGUACAUUUAUAGCUGUGAUAUUCCAUGUGCCAUUGAAUUAUGUCCUUGUGGUGGGAAUGGGGCUGGGGGUCCGAGGAGUGGCAAUGGCUUCUGUUUUAACAAACCUCCAUAUGGUGGUGCUAAUUAUAGGGUAUGUGUACAUGAAUGGGAUGUGGGAAUGGAAAGGGACUGCCGGGAUGGGAGGGAUAUGUAGGGGUUUGGGACCGUUGCUGAAGUUGGCGGUGCCAAGUUGUGUUGGGAUAUGUUUAGAGUGGUGGUGGUAUGAGAUAGUGACCGUGCUUUCUGGUUACUUGCCUAAUCCGAAGCUGGCUGUUGCAGCAACCGGGAUUCUUAUCCAGACUACUAGUCUUAUGUACACUGUUCCGAUGGCUCUAUCUGGCUGUGUCUCUGCGAGGGUUGGUAAUGAACUAGGAGCAGGGAAGCCAUAUACAGCCAAGUUAGCUGCAAUGGUUGCACUAGGUUGUGCCUUUGUGUUUGGGUUAAUAAACAUUACUUGGACUGUGAUUUUCAAGGACAGAUGGGGUGGCUUAUUCACAGAAGAUCAACAGCUGAAGGCAUUAGUCGCAUCAGUUUUGCCAAUCAUCGGCUUGUGUGAACUCGGAAACUGUCCACAAACUACUGGAUGCGGCAUCUUACGUGGCACAGCUCGGCCUGCUGUUGGGGCGCGAAUCAACCUCGGGUCGUUUUACUUUGUGGGCACUCCUGUUGCUGUAGGGUUAGCCUUCUGGUUGCAUAUUGGGUUUAGCGGAUUGUGGUUAGGCCUAUUGUCUGCGCAAGCUGCCUGUGCCAUCUCAAUUAUGUAUGUUGUGGUUGGCUGCACAGACUGGGAAGGUGAAUCUUUAAAAGCCAAGAAACUCACUAGCUUGGAGAUGACUCAGAAACAUGAUGAUAAUGUGGAAGAGGAAAAAGGACUUCUGUUUCAGGAGAAUGGCAACUUACAAGAUUUUCCAUGAAAGAGACAGUAACAAUUUUGUACCCAUUUUACCCAUUAGAAAAGGAGGAAAAAAAAAAAAAACCCCAAAUGUAGUAAUGAAAUCUUUUGUUAGAUUUAUAUUUGGAAUAGAAUGACACGAAUGUAAUUUUGAUUAACGAGCGUCUGUGGCAUAUGAUAAGUGCGAUUUAGCUU